CUCUUGGUCGUGGUAUUUUUUCAUAGCAAAGGAGAGGAAACUAUCACACUUUGUUUAAAUGCUAGAAAAAUAGUAUUUGAGACAAGCACGGCCUAAGGCAGUUCUUGAUCACACCAAUCCACUGCAGAAUCAAAUUGUAGAAAUGCUGUACACAGAGAAGGAAGAAAGCCUCAACCAUGAGAGCACAGGAAAGAGAUGCCUUGAGAGGAACUGGUAAAAGUACUAUGAAGGAGUCUGUCACGUCCAACACAGUAGACUAGGAAACACGCCUAUAGAGACUAAAGAACAAUCCAACCAGAGAAACAUGUAAUAAAAUUACAAAAAUGAAUAAAGCUUUCCUGGUAACUUCAAAUGUAAAUGGCUCCAGCUUCCAAUCAACAUUAACCAAUUAACAUGAUCAAAAGUUACAUCCAGCUCCUUGUUGCCUCCAAGAAAUGAACUACACUGAUGGAUACCCAUCCGCUCCAGGUUAAAGGAUGGAAAGUAAAAGGGAAUAGAAGCCAAAAAGAAGCUGCAGUAGACACAAACCACAAUUAGAAGAGAUAAACGAGGUCAUUACAUAUUAAUAAAAGGGAUCAAGAAGUUAUAACAAUUAUAAGUGCAUGUGCCUCCAAUAUUGGAGCUCCUAGUUACAUGGGAGUAAUUGAUGGACAUAAAAGAUCAGAUUAACACACUGAUAAUGAUUUCAAUGCCCUGUUCUCCAGAUCGCUAGACCAUCCAAACCAAAAGUCAAACCUCAGACUUAAAACAGGCUAAAUGGGUUUUAACAGUACUCUAGAAUAUGCCAAACAUUGUUCUAGCAGCCCUAAAGCAGCGCAUUCUAGGACAUGGAGCAAAUCAUAAGACGUAAGAGAAUAAAAAUAAUUUCCUUUAUAUCAUAGAAUAAUACUACAAGUCAAUAGUAAGAGAAACUACACAGUAGAGAAAGCAAUAGUUUUCUGAGUGACCAGAGUGUUGAAGAAAUCAGGGAGGGAAGUUAAAUUCCUAGAAUCAAAGGAAAAUGAAAGCGCAACUUGCCAGAAUCUUGGGGAUAGUUUAAAGUUAGAAUUAACUAAGAGGAAAGUUUAUAGCUAUAUAUAUGCUCACAUUAAAAAUCCAGAAAGAGCUCUGAUAGACAAGAGGUUAACUCAAACUCAAAAAAACAGCAGAUGGCAAGAAAUAAUAAGUAAUGGAGUGAUGAGAUGGAGAAAAAACAACUUAUAGAACCAAUCGAGAGAAGAGUUGGUGUUUGGAUAAAAUAAAUAGGGUGGACAAACCCUUAGCCAAACACACAGGAGAGAGAGAGAGAGAGAGAGAGAGAGAGAGAGAGAGAGAGAGAGAGAGAGAGAGAGAGGGAAAGGGAGGGAGGAGAGAGAGAGAGAGAGAGAGAGAGAGAGAGAGAGCGCAAAUCAAUAGAAUUAGAGCUAUAAAGGGAGAGAUAGCAACAGAUUCCCCGAAAGUAUGAUCACUUACUUAGUACUAUUUUAAAAACAUCUAAAAAACAAACCUGGAAAAUCUAGAAGAAAUGGAUAAAUUCUGAUAGACAUGACCUACUAAAAAUCCAGAGUACACUGUAAAAAAUUCACAACAGGCAAUGAGACUGAAGCAAUAAUGAGAAGUCUACCCACAAUGAAAAGCCCUCAGACCAGAUAGACUCACAGUGAAAUCUGCUAUACUUAAAGAAGGGCCAAGUCCAACACUUUGCAAACCGUGGUAUGAAGGGACUGUCCUAAACUCACUCUACACAGACGACAUCAUCCUGCGACCAAAGCUAGAUGAGGACACAUCAAAAAAGUGGCACACGGGCCACUGUGUGCCUUAGGACAUGGUGGUACUAUCAGAUGUCAGCUAGACUGAACACUUUAACAAUGCGUCACCUCACCCCCACCCUCCGACAAUGAGCCCUGCUGGACCCGUGAGACAGAAGUCAAGUAGUCGGGCAGAAGAGCAACACCUUCACCCUGAUUAGCCACAUCCAUCUGUCCGUCCAUCUGUCCGUCCAUCUGUCUGUCUGUCUGUCUCUCUGUCUAUCCUUACUUAUAAGAGCAAGUGUUUAAUUUGUGGCUUAUGAUUCCAGACUGUCGGAGAUAAUUUUCCUAUGAACAUACAUGCAGAUGUCUCAAUAAACGUUCUGCAGAUUGAAUUCCAGAACACAUUAAAACCAUCACACACCUGACUAAGCUACUUUCAUUCUAAGGAUGCGAAUUGGUUUCAAUGUACACAGAUGGCCGUAUAAGUAGACUGAUGGGCAGAGGCUGCUUGAUCCUCUCACCCAACGCAGAAAGGACCUUUGACAAGGGUAAACAUCUUAUCAUUAGAGGCCCCCCAAAGUCGGAAUAGAAUGAACAUACUUCAGCAUUCUAACUCCUGACCCACUUCUGGAGUGCUGGGAUUAGAGACCCAGGCCACCACCCCUGGCUUCUUUUGGGGUUUUUAGUGUUUUUAUAAUUGCAGUUUCUCUAGUCGCUUAGUACUGCUGCCACUCCCUGGUCUGCUCCUUAGUCCUCUCUGUUUGCAAAGCAUAUUCAUGGUUAAGGCAAAAUAAAAAUUAAAAUACCAGUGUAGAGUUUGACUGUUUGUGUUAGUAAGCAGUAGUAAAAUCGUCCUAACCUGUACUGCCAGCCUUUUUGUUUAAGUAGCUGUUUACGUUGUCUUCGUAUCUCCUUCAUUGUUUUAUUGCAUUUAUUGGUUGGUUAUUUUAAAACUUAAGUUCCACCUCUUUUUUGUUUUUCUGAGACAGAGUUUGAAUUUUACUGUGUAGCCCCGGCUGUCCUGGAACUUGCUCUGCAGACCAGUCUGGCCUUGAACUCAACAGAAACUCUCCUGCCUCUGCCUUCCGAGUGCUGCAGUGAAAGCCUGCUUGCUUCCUCAACCCCCACACACUCCAGUAGCAAUGAGAACCGUGUAGUAUUGGGGCGUCAGGCAGUGAUUACCCCAGACAGCACUGUGUACAUCUUUAAUACAUCCAGGCACUGGGUCCCUUUCUUCUCAGACAUUUGGCGGGUUCCGUUUUAUUUUGACUCUGUUACUUCUUCCCAACUUCUAUAAACAUAUUUUCAUUCAGUGUGUACUUAAACCUACUCAGGACUGAUGUCUCUCAGUGAAUGCGCUUUUCAUUGUUCUCUACUCCUUCCAAUUCCUCUGAUGUAUAAUCGGAGAUAGUUUUCCUUUUGACUGAAGAACAUGCCGUAUUAUUUCCUGUAGUCCAAGUGGCGGAUUGCUCUUAAACAAAGCAAAACACAAAAAACCCAAAAGGCCCCAUUCGUUUAUUUCUUUAGUAUUCUACCUAACACAGAAAAGACACUCAAACUAUUUGCUGAAUGAAUGAAAGUAUGAAUUUGUAAAGGAGUCUGAAUGCACAAGCAGCCUACAGACAGUUUGCUUUUCUGUAUAGAAGACUGAAGCAUCUUUUGAGGCCUCUCAAAGAACAUGUGGCUUGCUUUCCCCCAGUCUCGUCAUGCCCAGCCUCCACUUGUUUCUUAGUGUGUGUUCUCUGCAUUAGCUCUGCAAAGGUCUGGUAGAUUUAUGAUAACAACCAUAGGGGAGUCAAAGUUCUCUUAGUUUUUUCACCUACAUGAUCAAUUGAAUUUGUCCCUUCUUUUAAAGAUUUGUUUUAUGCGGAAGAGUCUUUUGCCUGAGUGUUCGAAUAUGCAUCGCAUGUGUGCAGUGUCCAUAGAGGCCAGAAGAGGGCGCUAGAUCCCCUCAGAUUUGGAUUUACAGAUGUUUAUGAGCGUCUGAGUGAGUGCUGGGAACUGAGCUCUGGAAGAGCAAGUGCCCUCAUCUACUGAGCCAUCUGUCUAGUUCCCAAUCCUUCUUGUCAAUAUUAGAGAUUAAUGUGGAGGUUUAGAGUGAUGUUCUCAUAGACACUUGGAAACUCAGUGCAGAAAUAAAAUUUUGUGUAAUGUUUCUGUUGAAAACUAAUGGGCAUUCAGGAAUCAGUGAGCUGGUUUGCUGGCUGCUUGCAAAAUCUAACCUUUCAGACAUGGGAAGGAUGCAUUAUUGGUAUGGGAGGUUAUCUUAAAAGGCUCCUAUGACGGGGCUGGAGAGAUGGCUCAGCAGUUAAGAGCACUGACUGCUCUUCCAGAGGUCCUGAGUUCAAUUCCCAGCAACCACAUGGUGGCUCACAACCAUCUGUAAUGGGAUCUGAUGCCCUCUUCUGGUGUGUCUGAAGACAGCUAUGGUGUACUCACAUAAAAUAAAUAAAUUAAUAUUUAAAAAAAAAGGCUCCUAUGACAUUGUAUUGGAACUGACCCCAGACACUAAUGAAAGGGUAAUCCUCCCCAAAUCACCCCAAAGCUAGUAAUCCCUGGGGCCGUGUGUCGGUGAUUAAAAAAGAGAGGUAAGAACAGCUGUCUUUUUGUUCGGUUUAAUUCCACCCAUGUACCUGGGUGGGUGUUAAUUUCCUGGUGGCGCUGGCUGAGGGAGGAGGAGGUGUUAGGUUUCUGCAGGGACUGAAUGUGCAGAUGUGGGUUCUGCCUGGUGUGUGACUGGGGAACAGUACAGUUAGUUCAGUGGGGCUCAGGCUUGUGAGCUCAGGUUGCCUACCUUUUAAUUUCUGCCCUUUAAGUUGGACACGCGGGCCACCGUGUGCCUUAGGACAUGGCGGUACUAUCAGGUGUCAGCUAGGCUGAACACUUUAAUUAACAGUGCGUCACCUCACCCCCACCCUCCGACAAUGAGCCCUGCUGGACCUGUGAGACCGAAGUCAAGUAGUCGGGCAGAAGAGCAACACCUUCACCCUGAUCAGCCACAUCCGUCCGUCUGUCUGUCUGUCUGUCUGUCUGUCUGUCUGUCUGUCUUUACUUAUAAAAGCAAGUGUUUACUUUGUGGCUUAUGAUUCCAGACGGUCAGAGACCAUAGCCAUCAUGGCAAGGAGCAGCAGGCAGGCAGGGUGCUGGAGCAGUAACUGAGAGCUUACAUCCUUACCCACAAGUAGGAGGCAGAGAGAGAGAGAGAGCUAACUGGGAAUGGGGUGGGCCUUUGAAACCUCAGAGCCCACUCUCGGUUAAGGGGAUACAUACACCUUAUCUGUACCAUGUGAAGGAGCAGGGAACCCAGCUAUACUCUAGUUCCACAGAAACGGUGAGAUAACAAAGGAAGCCAUUGUAAGCUCGACAUUUGUAGCAAAUUGUAAGGAAGCAGCAGCAGCAGCAGCAGCAACAACAAUAAAAUAAAAACCCACAACAACCCAUACAUCUGUCACUGACUCAACUUCUGUUUUGUUGUUUUUUUUUUUCUUUUCUUUUUUUUCGGAGCUGGGGACCGAACCCAGGGCCUUGCACUUGCUAGGCAAGUGCUUUACCACUGAGCUAAAUCCCCAACCCCACUGACUUAACUUCUAAUUCUCCAUCAAGGUUACUGUGCAUCUCAGUGAAGUCAAGCACGUUCAUCAAUCAACUCCAAUUUUAUUUCACUGUCUUUUACUUUUUUGAGAAAGGGUUCCUUUGGAGUAACUUUGAAUUCUAGGAAGAGCCCAGGCUUGGAGGACAGCCUCCACCAAGAGGAGGACGAUUAUCUGUGAGGAGGAGGCUGUACGUGACGUGUUUCCUUUAAUGGAGUCAUCCAGGUCCAUCUGUUUUGCUGUGAGCUGUAGGCUUUCAUUCCUUCUAUGGCAGAAGGGUGUCCCACUGUACAAAUGUGCUACAUUGGAGGACUUCCAAUCAUCAGUUAUACCAACAUCUCUUUAUGAUAAAAGUCCUGGAGAAUCUAGCAAUGCAGGGGACAUAUCUGAAUAAAAGUAAUAUACUGAAGGUCUAUGACCAGUAUUAUGCUAACCAGGAAAACUCAAAACAUUUUCACCAAAAUCAGGAACAAGAUAAGGACAUCUACUUUUUCCCUUCCCACCCGGUAUAUAUAAUGCUUGGACUCUGAGCUAGACAAAUAAAGGAGACAAAGAUGAGUAGAUAGGAAGGAGUGAAGUCAAAGUAUCCUUCUUUGCAGACGACAUGAUUCCAUACAUAAAAGACCAUAAAGAUUCCAUCAGAAAACUCCUACAGCUGAUAAACGUGUUCAGCAAGAUCAUAGGAUACAAAAUUAACACACAAGUCCCAGUGACCUUCUUAUAGACUAACAAAAAUACACUGAGAAACAAAUUAGAAGAAUGACUUUGUUUACAAUGGCCCCCAAAUCAUCUUGGAAUAAAUAUAAGCAAAGAACUUAAAGACUUGUACAGUGAAAACUUUAAGACACUGAAGGAUGAAAUUAGAAAACAAACAAACAAAACAAGCAACAGGAGAAGGAAAGACCUCCCAUACUCCAUGGAUCAGUAGGAUUGAUUUUGUGGGGAAAAAAAAGUCACCCUAUAAAAGCAAACUGCAGAUUCAAUGCUGUCACUUAAAAUUGCCAUGCGGUUUUGUUUUUUACCAAAAAAAAAAAAAAGAUAAUCUUAAAUUUCAUAGGGAAACACAAAAACUCUGCAUAGCCAAACAACCUAGAACAAUAAAAUAAAUAAACAAAAACUGCCGGAGGAGGUAUAAUCACCACAGAUUUCAAGGUAUACUACACAUAGUAAUUAAAAACCAGCAUAAAAAAUCAGCAUAAAAAUAGACACAUUGAUUAAUUGAAUAGAACUGAGUACCUACACAUAAGCCCACAUCCCUAUAACCACCUGAUUUUCUUUUCUUUCUCUCUUUCUCUCUCUCUCCCUCCCUCCCUCCCUCCCUCCCUCCCUCCCUCCCUUCCUUCCUUCCUUCCUUCCUUCCUUCCUUCCUUCCUUCCUUUCUCUUUCUCUUUACCACCUGAUUUUCAACAAAGAAGCUAGCAAUACACAUUGGAGGAGAGACCGCGUCGUCUACAUAAGGUACCGGGUAGAAUACAGAAGACUAAAGGGCGGAUCCUUAUCUGUCACCCGAACAAAACCAGAUUGCAAACGAUUCAGUACAAGCUGGGUCCUCUGGGUCAGAUGGUGGGGAAACAGUUUGCUUCAACUUUCAGGCACAAAAGGGAGGGGGACUGUUGAACAGACCCCAGUAGGCCAAAAAUUGAUAAAGGAGACUUCAUGAAGCCAAAAAGCUUCUGUCCAGCAAAGGACAUACUCAUCUGAGUGAAGAGGCCGUGUACACGUGGGAAAAAGUCUUUUCCAGAGUGUCUAGAAUAGAUAAUGGACUACAAAACCCUAAAUAGCAAGAAAGCAAACAACUGAAUUUUAAAAACCGUGGAUCUAAACAAGAGGUUUGUUUUUAUUUUUUAAAGAAAAAUGCAAAUAGCUGGGAGAUAUUUUUCAGUGUUUAACGUCUUUAGUUAUUGAGGAAAUGCAAAUAAAACUUUUUUUUUGAGGUUACACCUUACUCCAGUCACAAUGGUUAAGACCAAAAGAACCCAGUGUUCACUAGUGCAAACCGAUUCAACCACCAUGGACGUUCCCCAAGAGCUAGAACUAGAGCUACCACGUGAUCCAGCCAUACCACUCGGGUUCACACCCGAAGGACUCUGUAUCCUAGUGUAGAGACACUUGGUCAUCCAUGUCCAUUGCUGCUCCAUUUAUGAUAGACAAGAGAGAAAAAAGAACGGCAUAGAUGUCACCUGAUAAACAGAAGAUGAAAAUGUGGUAUGUUUAUACAAUGGGAUAUUAUUCAACCAUUAGUGAAAAUGAGAUUAUGAGACUUGUGGGUAAAUGCAUAGAAACAGAAAUAAUCACUCCGAGUGAGGUAACCCAGAGCCGGAAACACAACUGUCACAUGUUCUCUCUCGAAUUUGGAUACUAAGUUGCAGGCUUUUGAUGUGUGUGUGUGUGUGUGUGUGUGUGUGUGUGUUUAAACUGGAAUACACAGAGUUUGGGAAACUAGCAAGGGGGUCGGGGACCCCUGAGGGGAGCAGAGAUAGGGUGAGGUGGUAUAUAGGGGAUGGAGACUAAUGGAGCAAGAAGGAUUGAGUGGGGAGAGAUAUGAGAGCAGGGUAAAGGAAGGGGGAUGAGGAGGGAUAACGAACGUGAAAGACCUUUGAAAACUGACGUGGAAGCCAUGAUACAGAAGCUUCCUGAAAUGUAUUCCUAAGCAGAGUUGGAAAGAUGGCUCAGUCAUUAAGAGCACUUACUGCUUGUGGUUUGAACAAGCAUGGCCCCCAUAGACUCGCAGGUUUGAAUGUUUGAUCCCCAGUUGGUGGACUGCUUAGGAAGUUUAGGAAGUACGGCCUCUCUAGAGGAGGCUAUCCCUGGGAGCAGGCUUUCAGAUCCCUCCUUCGACCACACUUUCAGUGUUCCUUUUUAUUAAUGUGAGGUGAUAUAUGUUCUGAGGCUCAGGGUUAUCUCUUGGGUCAUUAUAUAUCCUGCCACAUUGUUUUUCAUUAUAAAUAUGUAUAGAAUUGGAACCCCGACUUCCAAAUAGAGCGUCGCUCUGCUUAACUCCCUGUCUCCCUCAGCUUCUCUGCCUCAGCAAAUGGACUGAUUUAUUCACGUUAGACUUUGGUUCCCUCAUACCCGAUUCAGCACUGCCCGCAUUUUCCCUUCACCAAUGUGUUCUGCUACUCUGCCCUUAGCAGGUCCUGCCUGGCCCUAGCCAUGACUGACAAUCUUGGGUCCCCUCUUCUGGACACUCUUCUCCCUUUUCCCUGGGUCCUUUCUGUCACUGUCGAGAUGCCUUCUCAAAUAAGCCUUUCUACAGCAUAGCAUCGAGUCAGGAUCCCGCCCCCUCCCCCUGGCCCACCUCGCACAGUUUCCGCCACCAUUCUUUUGCAUAAUCUUCGUUUUUCUUACCAUGGUUGAUAACCAAACUACUUCAUGUUGCUUCCUUCCCCUGUCAGAUUGGUAGUUCUUCAAAGAUAACCAAUGCUCUUCUAUCGAAGCUACAUAGAAGCGCUUAGUAGGUACUCAGUUCCUGUUUGUCAUCCUCCAUGUUUGGACUUUCUGCUUUCAUUUUCCCUUUGUUCUGACAUUAUUGUUUUCUUUUAUAACAAAAUACACCCUCGGCUCUCCUGGAAGUAGGGGUGCUCCAGAUGUCUUGGUAGUCUCCUUCCUGGUUUCCACCUUCCCCACCAGUCACACUGGGCUGUGUCUUUAGGAAAAGGAAAUGUUUCUACUCAUUGCAUCCUCAGGAAAUAGCGGGAUUCACUCUAGAGGAGCAGCAUUGGCCGUGGCUGCCCAAAAGAGGACCAGAAGCCUUUGUGGAUCAAGGGACUGGAGAUAAGAGAGACUAGGGAUGUGGAUUCUGGUGGGGAAGAUCAAAAUUCAGAGCUCUCCUGUUUGCUACAAAGGAAAAGGACCUUUGAGGUGAGAGGUGUGUGUGUGUGUGUGUGGGAACAGUCAGGAGGCAGAUGACCAGAGGAGCCCCGUCGGGAAAAGGAAUCUGUAGUUCUUUUCCUCCUGACUUUAGUUCCUUGAGUAUAGCGCAGAAAAACUUCCUUUAUUCUCAGGUCUUAUAUCUUGGCACAGAGCCCUUGAUCUUCAGCACGAACCGCUCUUGUCUGAAGGGAUUCUGUGUCUGUUCAAGUUGCUAGAUCGGGGUGGAGGGAGUUCAGCUGACAACUCUGACAGGACAGCUCGCCCAGGCAGCAAGUUUGUGGAUCCCCCCCGCCUGCACCUCCUUUUCUAUAGGUGCCACAUGCCACAGUUUAUACACAGACAUGAUUUGACUGAUUGUUGUGGUCCAGGCCUGGAAUAAUUUUAAUUAACGGGAAAAUGGUCCUCAAUCCACUGAUUAGACCUCUUCAGGUACAACGGGAUAAAAGCCUGAUAAUUUGGAUGGAGUACUCUUCUUAAACGGCUACUGUGGGCAGGGCAGCCAAUGGGAAAGCCAGGCUGACUCCCACCUGAUCCAGUGAGUAAUUAAGAGACCGUUUUUUUUUUCUUCUCCACCUCUCUCCCCUCUCCUCCCUGCUCCCCAACUGAAGCUUAACAGGUCGGUGGUAAUUUGGAGACUUUCAGGGGUGUCGCACUGGAAGCUUAAACAAGAGCCAAGGCAUCUUGUUCUCCUCCCAGACACUGACCAGCUGGGGUUGAAAAGCUAGCAAGUGAGAGAAGGAAGGAGCCGGAGGUAGAGAAGGUGGGAACGGCAGCUCUCAGCAAAGUUUGACAGGGUCUAUGGCCAUGAGCGAACUGGCCACGCAGAAGUCUGGCGAAGGCACCGUGUCUCGCCUGCUCAACGUGGUGGAAAGUGAGCUUCAGGCAGGGAGGGAGAAGGGAGAUCCUACAGAGAAGCAACUUCAGAUCAUCUUGGAGGAUGCUCCGCUCUGGCAGAGAUUCAAGGAAGUCACUAAUGAAAUGAUCGUGACCAAGAAUGGCAGGCGGAUGUUCCCUGUUUUGAAGAUCAGUGUCACGGGACUGGACCCUAAUGCUAUGUACUCCCUUCUGUUGGACUUCGUCCCGACCGACAGUCACCGCUGGAAGUAUGUCAACGGGGAAUGGGUACCCGCGGGCAAGCCAGAGGUCUCCAGCCACAGCUGUGUCUACAUUCACCCUGACUCCCCCAACUUUGGGGCUCACUGGAUGAAAGCUCCCAUCUCCUUCAGCAAAGUGAAGCUGACCAACAAGCUUAGUGGAGGUGGGCAGAUAAUGCUGAAUUCUCUGCAUAAAUAUGAACCUCAGGUUCACAUAGUGCGCGUCGGAGGCGCCCAUCGAAUGGUCAUGAACUGCUCAUUCCCUGAAACUCAGUUCAUCGCUGUGACUGCUUAUCAGAACGAGGAGAUAACAGCUCUCAAAAUCAAGUACAACCCUUUCGCCAAGGCCUUCUUGGAUGCCAAGGAAAGAAACCACCUCAAGGAAAUUCCAGAGGCUGUCUCUGAGAGCCAGCAUGUGACCUACUCUCACCUGGGAGGCUGGAUCUUGUCCAAUCCUGACGGCAUGUGCACAACCGGCAGUGCCAAUUACCAGUAUGCGACGCCUUUGCCUCUGCCUGCUCCCCACACACGCCAUGGCUGUGAGCACUACGCUGGCCUCCGAGGACAUCGGCAGGCUCCCUACCCUUCUGCGUACAUGCAUAGGAACCAUUCUCCCUCAGUAAAUUUAAUAGAGAGCUCAAGCAACAAUCUGCAAGUUUUCUCGGGGCCAGAGAGCUGGACUUCCUUACCCUCCGCACCCCAUGGCGGCAUCCUGUCUGUACCCCAUACCAGUGGGCCGAUCAACCCAGGGCCCAGCCCCUAUCCGUGUCUGUGGACCAUCAGCAAUGGAGGUGGGGGCCCUGUGGCAUCCGGCUCGGAGGUGCACGCCAGCGCCUCAGGAACCUUUCUCCUUGGGAGCCCUACUGUCACUUCACCUUCCUCUCUGCUCCCCACCCAAGCAACUACGUCAGCUGGCGUGGAGGUCUUGGGUGAGCCUUCGCUGACCAGCAUUGCCGUGUCCACCUGGACAGCCGUGGCCUCACAUCCCCUCCCAGGCUGGGGUGGACCAGGUGGAGCUGGACGCCAUUCCCCCUCUUCAUUGGAUAGUUAGGUGGGGCCCUCUGAGCCGCUGCCAGCAGAGAACUGUGUAUGUAUGUGCAUAGCAACCUCAUUGCUGGUUCCAGGCAGUCGAGCUCCUGGGUCUCUUCACCCAGAGGCCUGGAGGGGUGCAUGGUGAUGCCCAAAAGCUUCCCAAAAAGUGGUUUAGUCUGGGUGAUGCUGAUUUUACUACUUGCGUCUCCCACUGUUUCCUGUGGUUCUCUGGCUCUCUCUGAGUUUAUCUUGACCAUGCUUACAUUGCAGUCAGCUAUGUCUAAGUGCCCGCCCUGCCCCUGCCCCUUACUCUCAAGUGGUCCUGGGGUCAAGCCUCCCUUCCUUUUUUCUGGAGUCGGUGCAUGGUGUUGAGGAGAGCUCAGAUUCUCCCUUUUGAGGCUGCUGCUUCUUAGCUUUGUGCAGCCUUGGAAAGCAUGUGUGGCCCUAAGACCUGAGCUGGCUGUGUGGCCCUAAGGUCUGCGCUGAGACCCAGAGAAGACAGAGCCAGUAAAGUUAACAAGAGUACGCUAGUGCAAAGGCAGCCCCAUGUUGACAGAAGUGUGUUUGGAAUUCAGGAAAUGAGGUUAAGCCCUCAAUAGUGGCUCCCUUUGUCUACAGAGUGAAGCUGGAUGCCCCUGUAUUCUAAGACAGCCUCUCCCAUCUGGCCUUCCUCUGCGCCUCCAGCUUUGACUCUCCUUGUUGACCUCUUAGUAUCCUCCACUCAAGGCAGACCUCUUUCCUUGCUCUGAAUACUUGCUUCUGUGCCUGAAGCAUCCUCUCUCCUGCCCUACCUGUGUGUAUUAUACCAGCUUGGCCGGGACUGGUUGAAAGGCCACUCUGGUAUCAAUCACCUGAGGUGAUGUUUGACUAUCUCUGUCCCCUGCUUUCCCGCCAUUUUUACCUCAGGCAUAGAGCUCACCUCACCUCAUUCUGCUUUCUAUUUUUGCGAGUGUAUCUGUCCCCCUCAUAGACUGUAAGCCUCUGGAGGGUGAGAGCUCGCCCUCCUCAUCGUGCCCAUAGCCCCUGGUAUUGUGCCUUCACCACCAUAGGUGCCCAAUAAACAUUUGCUGAGUUGA